CCUGUGUAUAUUUUUGUUUCCAGUAUGUGGACACCCUGCAGUUCUGACCUGUAGCUUUCUCAUGUUUAACCAACCUUAAAAAUACCAGGCAUCUUGAGACGAUUUGUGCACAUACGCCAACUGAUACAAUGGGGCGUUUGCGGUUUCCUGCAUUUCUCCUGGUUAUCUUGUACACUACUGUGGUGCAGAUAACCGAAGAGCUGAUACACGUGAGCAUGUUUCCUGAAGCUGCAGAUUACUCAUUCUACAGUUGUCGGAAAGAGAUGCUGCAAAUGGUCACAAAAGCUGGAGGUUUGCUGGAGACAGAGCUUAAAAACAAUAUAGAUUUUAUGGAUAUGUGGAAAGGUAGCACAACAUGUGAGGCCAUUCCAGAUGGUACACCGGAGCACAUGACUGCACUGCAGAGCUAUGUUGAAGCUGGUUCGGAAUUUCAUGAAACAUUUAAUAAGUUGGUUCACACCAAAAGCAGGGGCAAUUCAACUUACCAAGAUAUGUUUCCUUUCAAAUCUCUUUUCUUCCUGCUGACAGAUGCAAUGCAACUAUUGAAAAGCAAUUGUAAUACAGUGUACUCUGCUACAGAGGAGAAAUAUAGCUUUAACAUUGGGGACAAAGUACGUUUUGAGAGUUUUUUUCCAGCAGAACUGGUAUAUAGUGCUGCAACCGAAGAUGCAGCAACUUUUGAGACCACUGGGACUGUUUUCAAUAUCAAUUCCUGUUCUGUGAUCAACCUUGAUAAAGUGUGUAUAUCAGAGGAUAUAGAUCUUCUAAUAUCACCCACUGAAGUUUUCACAGUUAAGGAUAUCAAGACUGUUAGUAAUAGUAAUGACCAUUAUAUAGAGAUCAACUUAAUGCAUUCACACAUGUACAGCUCCUCCAACUGCAGUAGCCUUGUCAGGUAAGAGACAGAGAGAGAGCAGUUAAAGGAUUAGUUCACUUCAGAAUUCAAAUUUCCUGAUAAUUUACUCAUGCCCACAUCAUCCAAGAUGUUCAUGUCUUUCUCUCUUCAGUCGAAAAGAAAUGAGGGUUUUUGAGGAAAACAUUCCAGGAUUUUUCUCCAUAUAG